AUGGGGCUGGAGACGCUUUCCCUGGGGAUGCUCGCGUGGCUCUUGGCCACGGGGGCUGUCCUCUGCGCGGAGCUGGGGGUCUGCGCCGGCCUCGACUAUGACUACACUUUCGGUGGCAACGGAGAGGAAGAGGCGGAGGCGUUGGACUACAAGGAUCCGUGCAAAGCCGCUGUGUUUUGGGGUGACAUUGCCUUAGACGAUGAAGACUUAAAUAUCUUUCAAAUUGAUAGGACAAUUGACCUUACACAGAACCCCUUUGGAAAAUUUGGACAUACCACAGGUGGAUUUGGAGACAAUGGUAUGUCAAAGAAAGAAGGGGCCCUCUACCAACUUAUUGACAGGAUAAGAAGAAUUGGCUCUGGCUUGGAGCAAAACAACACAGUUAAGGAAAAAGUACCUCUAAAAUUCUCAGGGCAAAAUGAGAAAAAUCGAGUUCCCAGAGCUGCUACAUCAAGAACUGAAAGAGUAUGGCCUGGAGGUGUUAUUCCUUACGUUAUAGGAGGCAACUUCACUGGCAGCCAGCGAGCCAUGUUCAAGCAGGCCAUGAGGCACUGGGAAAAGCACACAUGUGUGACUUUCAUUGAAAGAGGGGAUGAAGAGAGUUACAUUGUAUUCACAUAUAGGCCUUGUGGAUGCUGCUCCUAUGUAGGUCGGCGUGGAAAUGGACCUCAGGCGAUCUCUAUUGGCAAGAACUGCGAUAAAUUUGGAAUUGUUGUUCAUGAAUUGGGCCAUGUGAUAGGCUUUUGGCAUGAACACACACGACCAGAUCGAGAUAAUCAUGUGACUAUCAUAAGAGAAAACAUCCAGCCAGGUCAAGAGUACAAUUUUCUGAAGAUGGAGCCUGGAGAAGUGAACUCGCUUGGAGAAAGAUAUGAUUUUGACAGUAUCAUGCACUAUGCCAGGAACACCUUCUCAAGGGGGAUGUUUCUGGAUACCAUUCUCCCCUCACGUGAUGAUAAUGGCAUACGUCCAGCAAUUGGUCAGCGAACCCGUUUAAGCAAAGGAGAUAUUGCACAGGCAAGAAAGCUGUACAGAUGUCCAGCAUGUGGAGAAACCCUACAAGAAUCCAAUGGCAACCUUUCCUCCCCAGGAUUUCCAAAUGGCUACCCAUCUUAUACACACUGCAUCUGGAGAGUUUCUGUGACCCCAGGAGAGAAGAUUGUCUUAAACUUUACUACGAUGGACCUAUACAAAAGUAGUUUGUGCUGGUAUGAUUACAUUGAAGUAAGAGAUGGGUACUGGAGGAAAUCACCUCUCCUUGGUAGAUUCUGUGGGGACAAAUUGCCUGAAGUUCUUACCUCUACAGACAGCAGAAUGUGGAUUGAGUUUCGUAGCAGCAGUAAUUGGGUGGGAAAGGGCUUUGCAGCAAUCUAUGAAGCUAUCUGUGGAGGUGAGAUACGUAAAAAUGAAGGACAGAUUCAGUCUCCUAAUUAUCCCGAUGACUACAGGCCGAUGAAAGAAUGUGUAUGGAAAAUAGCAGUGUCAGAAGACUGCUAUGUCGGGCUGACCUUUCAGGCCUUUGAGAUUGAGAGACAUGACAACUGUGCCUAUGACUACCUAGAAGUUCGAGAUGGAACCAGUGAAAAUAGUCCUUUAAUAGGGCGUUUUUGUGGUUAUGAUAAACCUGAAGAUAUCAGAUCUACCUCCAAUACCUUGUGGAUGAAGUUUGUUUCUGAUGGAACUGUGAACAAAGCAGGGUUCGCUGCCAAUUUUUUUAAAGAGGAAGACGAGUGUGCCAAGCCUGACCAUGGAGGCUGUGAGCAGCGUUGUCUGAACACACUGGGCAGUUACCAGUGCUCCUGCGAGCCUGGCUAUGAGCUGGGACCUGACAAAAGGACCUGCGAAGCGGCUUGUGGAGGACUUCUUACAAAACUGAAUGGCACCAUAACCACUCCAGGCUGGCCCAAGGAGUACCCUCCCAACAAACACUGCGUGUGGCAAGUUGUGGCACCAACACAGUACAGAAUUUCUAUGAAGUUUGAGUUUUUUGAAUUGGAGGGCAAUGAAGUUUGCAAAUAUGAUUAUGUGGAGAUUUGGAGUGGUCUUUCUUCUGAGUCUAAAUUGCAUGGCAAAUUUUGUGGUGCUGAACUGCCUGAAGUGAUCACAUCUCAGUUCAACAAUAUGAGAAUUGAAUUCAAAUCUGACAAUACUGUAUCCAAGAAGGGCUUCAAAGCACAUUUCUUCUCAGACAAAGAUGAGUGCUCUAAGGAUAAUGGCGGGUGCCAACAUGAGUGUGUCAACACAAUGGGAAGCUACAUGUGUCAGUGCCGUAAUGGAUUUGUGCUGCAUGAAAAUAAACAUGAUUGCAAGGAAGCUGAGUGUGAACAGAAGAUUCACAGUCCAAGUGGCUUCAUCACUAGUCCCAACUGGCCAGACAAGUACCCAAGCCGGAAAGAAUGCACAUGGGAAAUCAGUGCAACUCCUGGUCAUCGAAUCAAACUAGUCUUUAGUGAGUUUGAGAUUGAGCAGCAUCAAGAAUGUGCUUAUGAUCACUUGGAAGUAUUUGAUGGAGAAACGGAAAAAUCACCAAUUCUUGGACGACUGUGUGGGAACAGGAUACCAGAACCCCUUGUGGCUACUGGAAAUAAAAUGUUUGUUCGGUUUGUUUCUGAUGCAUCUGUUCAAAGAAAAGGCUUUCAAGCCACACAUUCUACAGAGUGUGGUGGCAGGCUGAAAGUGGAAUCAAAACCCAGAGAUCUGUACUCACAUGCUCAGUUUGGUGAUAACAACUACCCAGGACAAGUUGACUGUGAAUGGCUGUUAGUAUCAGAACGGGGCUCUCGACUCGAGUUAUCCUUCCAGAUUUUUGAAGUGGAAGAAGAAGCUGACUGUGGCUAUGACUAUGUUGAGCUCUUUGAUGGUCUCGAUUCAACAGCAGUGGGGCUUGGUCGAUUCUGUGGAUCAGGGCCACCAGAAGAGAUCUAUUCAAUUGGUGAUACAGUUUUAAUUCAUUUUCACACUGAUGACACAAUCAGCAAGAAAGGAUUUCAUAUAAGAUACAAAAGCAUCAGUUAUCCAGAUACCACGCAUACCAAAAAUUAACACCAAAACCUCCAUCAGACAUAAAGGAAUGGGCAUAAUGGAAAGAAGAAGUAUUUCUUUUUUAAAUGAAGAUUUUAGCACAAAGUUUUAUAUAAUGAGUUUGAGCAGAAGAAAACUGCAAGACCAGAAUUAUCUCUGUACUAAAAGAGAAGUUUCCAGCUAACCCUGAUCAGCAUUACCAGGAUAACUGAACUUCAUUCUUGACAGUAUAAAUAUAAAUAAAGUUGGUGAAAGGGCAUCUCAUGCUUCAAAGAAGACUUCACAAUCCUUUGUUCACAGCU